CUAACAUCCAACCUCCCCCAUCCUCCUCACAUCAUGGCCAACGCCCUGUAUAACGUCUACCGGCUAGCUGGUCCCGUGGCAGCCGGUGCUAUCUUGUUCAACGCCUCCAUCUAUGAUGUUCGCGGUGGUACUCGCGCCGUCAUCUUCGACAGGAUCUCUGGUGUGCAGGAGACGGUUGUCAACGAAGGCACACACUUUUUGAUUCCCUGGUUGCAGCGAGCUAUUGUCUACGAUGUCCGGACAAAGCCGCGCAAUAUCUCUACCACCACUGGAAGUAAGGAUUUGCAGAUGGUCAGCCUGACGCUUCGCGUGUUGCAUCGCCCGGAGGUGCCGAAGCUGCCUCAGAUCUACCAGUCCUACGGCACAGACUACGACGAACGUGUCCUCCCCUCCAUCGGAAACGAAGUCCUCAAAGCAAUCGUCGCCCAAUUCGACGCCGCCGAGCUAAUCACCCAACGUGAAGCCGUCUCCAACCGAAUCCGCAACGACCUCCUCAAGCGCGCAUCCCAGUUCAACAUCGCCCUCGAAGACGUCUCCAUCACCCACAUGACCUUCGGCAAGGAAUUCACCCGCGCCGUCGAGCAGAAGCAGAUCGCCCAGCAAGACGCCGAGCGGGCGCGCUUCAUCGUCGAGCGCGCCGAGCAAGAGCGCCAGGCGAACGUUAUCCGUGCUGAGGGUGAAGCCGAGUCUGCCGAGAUUAUCAGCAAGGCCGUUGCCAAGGCUGGUAGUGGUUUGAUUGAGAUCCGUAAGAUCGAUGCUAGCAAGGAGAUUGCCCAGACACUGGCCAAUAACCCCAACGUCACGUACUUGCCGGGUGGAGAGGGUAAGGAUGGUGGGAAGAGCACUAGCCUGCUCUUGGGUCUGCGGAGUUAAAGGGUGAGAUGAGAAGGUUUUUGGAGGGAGGAAAUGAGUUCUGAAAGGAAGGGCUGGUUUAGCUUGAUGCCGGCUGCUUUCUUUUUUGACCAAACCAAAUGUACCAAUUAAUCGCAAGCGAGAGACCGUGAGACUGUGGAUGAGUCUUGCGGUGGUGGACUUGAUUUGUUUGUCCGCCAUUAUUGAUCUGUAGCAAUACCAAUACCUCUACUCUAUUAUGUGUCAGGCCGGAGGAUAACAACCUC